CCACCACGCGGAUAUCGCGGACGUUCAUGGAGCGGCUCCAGCUGUUGCCGCCUACCAACUUUGAGCAGGUCAUCGAUCGGCUGGUGGUGAAGCGCGACAUCGCUCUGUUUGAGGUCAAGCGGUUCAUGUACUACUUCUCCAUACCCCAGGCUAAGCGCAUCAAAGUCAAGAUACCCAUACGGUUCCUGCCCGGCUGUCUGUUGCGCACGCACACCACUCAGUUCAUGUUCAACGGUGGUUCGUACCUCAUCGAGCCAGUCAACGCCGUGCUCAGCACGCUCUUCGAAACCGGCAUUGUCGACCACUGGAUCACACACUUGGGCUCCAACAAGGUGUUACCGCUGGAGAAGAUCCGUGGCCGCGUACUUAAACUAGUGCGGCUCAAGGAGGCGUUCCUGUUUUUGUUUUUCAGCUAUGCCGUGGCGUCUAUCGUGCUCGUCGUCGAAAUCUGUUGGUCCACGAGACUGCACCGCCGAUUGGUGCGGCUAGUCCUGCAGCAGCGACACCCUGUCCGAACCGGCACGGCGGCCACAAGAAGUAGUAGCAACACUGGCCGCAGAUCCACCCGCAAUAACAGCGUGUUUCCGUUUGUUCACUGAUAAUAAUGAAAAUUCCAUGUCAUUUUGAACUUUGAGGUCUCGAAUAGUCGAAUYGCGUAACAAAGAUAAGCUGAUGGAUCAUUACCGAAUACGAAGGUAAAGUAGACUCCGAUAGUCGUACAUAGUUUAAGUCGCAUAAUCAGUGUAGUUGUACCUGUAAUGUCCAAGUCGUUAUAAAUACUUCGUAAUGUGUUACAUUGUUGUCAUUAUUAUUGAAAAUACUUUCAAAGUCAGAAGAACAACAAUUUAAAUUAACAUAC